AUGUUCUUAUUUUUCACGCUUCUCGUCCUUCACAGCGCCCUUGGUGCUAUCGCCACAACCCAUCGCUACGACUGGGAACUUUCUUGGGUUACAGCGGCUCCUGAUGGCUUCAGUCGCCCAGUUAUCGGUGUCAAUGGAGAAUUCCCUUCGCCGACCAUCACAGUCAUGAAAGGUGACAGGCUCAUCAUUAAAGUACAUAAUGAGCUUGGGAAUCAGUCAACCGCAGUGCAUUGGCAUGGAAUACAUCAGAGAGGUAGUCCCGAGAUGGAUGGAGCUGCCGGAGUGACGCAGUGCCCGAUACCUACAGGGGCUUCUUUCACCUACGAUUUUACUCUCGAGCAAGGAGGAACUUUCUGGUAUCACUCGCAUUAUGGCGGUCAGUACCCAGAUGGCCUUCGCGGCGCGUUGAUCGUGAAAGAUCCAGAUGCACCUUGGGCUGGACGUGUAGACGAAGAGAUCACGAUGACCCUCUCUGAUUGGUAUCAUCCGAGAAUGCCACCUCUGCUUAACGAGUACCUUUCUCCCGAAAGGUACCAGGCUAAUGACGGCCAUGAGCAUUUCCCAUCAUCAGCUCUAAUAAAUGAUAGACAAGGAGAUCGCAUUCAGGUGCGGCCGAACAAAACUUACCUCUUCCGCAUAAUCAACAUCGCGAACUUCCUCAGUUUCACGAUUCUGUUCGAUCAACACCCCUUCACUGUCGUAGAAAUAGAUGGAAUUUAUAUGGAAGAUUUCCACGCAAGGGAGAGGCUGAGCAGAUUGGCUGUCGGCCAGCGAAUAUCGGUACUGGUGCGGACAAAACCAGUGGCAAGCUAUAACUUCGAGAUCCUGUCUUUCUCAGAUGUCAGUCUCGUCAGCCCUACAGAAGGACUCUCAUGGAACUCCACGGCGUAUCUGACAUAUGACGGAUCGCGUCCGACUCCUACCGGUCUGUCCAUAGCGGACCUCAGAUAUUACGAUGAACUGGAACUUGUUCCUUUGAGCAGAGAGGCUCCAUUCAAACCAAACAAGCAAAUAGUGCUGCAAACCUCAAUGGAAGGCAUAAAUUCAGUUAUAAGAGGAACAGUGGACGGAAAGACGUAUCUUCCUCCAAAGGUUCCAUCCCUCUACACUGCCCUCUCCUUCGAUUCGGAUGUGACGCGCAACCCAAGAAUAUACGGUCAUACGAACCCGAUCGUAAUAAGAUUGGGGGAUGUGGUACAAAUGGUAAUCAACAACAAUCAUGAUCAUCCUCAUCCAUGGCAUCUCCACGGCCACACGUUUCAAGUUCUGGAACGACCACUGGAUUCGAAUACAGGCCCUUUCUCUGGUACACUCGGACCUAUAUCUGCAACGCCUAUCCAGCGAGACACGGUUGUCAUAUUGCCGGAAAGUUAUGUAGUGAUAAGGUUCAAAGCAGACAAUCCCGGGGUGUGGUUGCUCCACUGCCAUAUCGAGUGGCAUAUAGAAGGGGGGAUGACCGCCACAAUUGUCGAGGCACCGGACGAAUUGCCAGAUAUAGCCCAGCUUCAUCCAUCGCACAUCAACGCCUGUAAGCAGUAUCCGAUGGACUACAUCGGUAAUGCGGCUGGCAAAGUUGACAAUCCUUUGAAUCUAACUGGAGUUCAUGAAUGUGUUGUCCAAGGCAGUGAUGGGUCCGUCUCCUAUAGAUGUUCCUUGACAUAUUGA